CAAUGAUUGUGAAAUAUGACAAUUACUUCUUUUAGGCUUGGAUGAUAAACUUCCACAACGCUCUGUAGGUGAACAGUAUCCAGGUUAUGAUAAAUUUCGUAAAACUGGUGCUCCUGUGCCUCUACCAGAUAAACCUCGCAUUCUUCGUAUGACAGAUCACAACCUCACCUUAGCUUGGAAGCCAUCACUACCUGCUUCACCUAGAGUGCCUGUGACCUAUGGCAUUGAAAUGAGUAAAUAUCCAGAUGGAGAAUGGAAACCUUAUAAGUCAGGAAUCAAAGACUCAAGCUGUGAUAUAAGAGGUUUGGUGCCAUGCCAGGAUUAUCGUUUUCGUAUACGUGUUGAAAAUAAAUACGGCACAAGUGAUUCUUCACCUUAUGUAACAGCACAUCGCAGCAAACUUGAACCACUAAUACCUGCUGAUUUCAAACCUAAAGACUUUAAAAUUGAACAUCCUCCAUUGGAAAAGUAUGCUGCUCCACCAAAAUUUCUUCGUAAAGAAGAAGAGAUAAUGUAUGGUAUCCGAGGUCAUCCUGUCACUAUUGAAUUUUGGAUUUAUGGCUACCCUGAACCCAAAAUUACUUGGUAUUUUAAUAACCAAAAGAUCGAGUUUCCUGGAAGUAAAUAUGACAGCCUUCAAGACAGAAAUGGUCAGAUAUGUUUAUUUUUAAAUAAAAUGACUGAAGCUGAUGAAGGAACAUUCAUGUGUCAUGCUGUUAAUGAACAUGGUGACACGAGGCAGAAGAUAAGACUAUUGUUGGCAGAGCCGCCUUCCUUCUACAAACGACUAAAUGAAACUACUAUUAUGUUAAGACGUAGUGGGCGCUUAGAGUGUCAGGUCACUGGAAUACCCUAUCCAGCAGUCAGGUGGUUCAAGGAUUGGCAUCCUCUCUAUGAAUCAAGUCGUAUAAAAAUUUUCACUGAAGAGCCUGACAAAUGUGUCAUGUAUCUCAGUGGAUCCAUUCUGAAAGAUUCUGGACUUUAUUCUGUUACAGUGUCAAAUAUUGCUGGAUCUGCCUCUUGCUCUGCAACUUUGUCUGUAGAAGAAACAGAAGCAGACUAUGAUAUUCUAACAUAUAGUCAUCCUCAUAUUGUGAAACCAAAGAUUAAACCAUUUGAGGACUAUUAUGACAUUGGAGAUGAGCUUGGCAGAGGUACACAAGGUAUUGUGUACCAUUCAGUAGAACGGGUUUCAGGGAAGAGCUACGCUGCCAAAAUGAUGCACGGUAAAGGGAAACUACGAGACUUUAUGGACACUGAACUUGACAUAAUGAAUCAGUUAUGUCAUCCAAGAUUGGUGCGGUUAUUUGAUGCUUUUGAAACCAAAUCCUCACUUACUCUUGUUACUGAUCUCUGUGGAGGUGGUGAAUUGUUAGACAACAUUUUGAAGCAUGGAAAACUCACAGAAAAAGAGGUAGCUCAUUACAUCCGUCAAGUCUUAGAAGGAUUGGAACACAUGCAUAGCAAGAAUAUUGCCCAUCUUGGCCUUACAAUAGGGGAUAUUCUUGUGACACGAGUCAAUGGUGAUAUAAUUAAAAUUGGGGAUUUUGGACUAGCUCAGCAUCUGCAUCGUGAAAAGGAAAACUUUUUGGACUAUGGCCAUCCAGAGUUUGUUGCUCCUGAGAUUGUUAAUAAAGAACCAGCAACUUUAGCUGCAGACAUUUGGAGUGUUGGUGUAAUUACAUUAUUUGCUGUUAAAUUGUAUUUGAUAUUUAGGCUUAGUGGUAUUUCACCAUUUCUGGGAGAGAAUGAUCGGGAAACAUUAAAGCGAGUACAAACUGGUAAGAUUACUUUCUUUGAAGAUGCGUUUGCUGCGGUGUCUGACGAUGCUCGAGAUUUCAUCUCAAGACUUUUGGUGUUUUCUCCAAGUGGACGUAUAGAUGUAAAAACAGCAUUAGAACAUCCAUGGUUAAAGUUUGCAGAUACAAUUCACAGAGAGGGUCAACCACUGAGUGUAAUAGACAGGCUGCACGAGUACUACAAAAAGUGGAAAAGCUGGUAUGCAAAUGCUUCAUGUAAACGAUUUUACCGGCGGCGACCUCUGGAGUCUUGUUAUACACACCCAAGUAAAAUGAUCUAUCCACCUGAUGAACUAUACACACCACCCAGUAGUCCUGAACCAGAACUUAACCGAACUCCUGUUAAACCAGCAGUAUUUGAUGACACCUUUCAGCAAAAGAUCAGUCGAGAACCCAUUGAUGUGAGAUCUGAAAGUCACUACCAGAAUGGUCCAGACACUUACUUGCUCCAGUAUCGAGAUACUGAUUUCCCACUCAGGGUGCGACAAUAUCUUCGUGUAGGUGCUCAUCACAGUCCUAGUCUGGCUGCCAGUCUCAAGGAAUCACAUUGGGGAGAUACCAAUGUUGCUGUCAGAGAACGACGAAGGUUCCUCGACGUUUGGGAUGAAGAAAUGGACGAUGAAAAGAAAGGAGUAGCCACAAGAACUAAACCAAUGCGUCUCCAUCAUGAAUUAAGCUCACUUGGUUAUGCACAUGAACAACUAGAAACUUUGAAGAAUGAGGCAUGGAAAGACAAAGGCAAAACACGAGAAACUUUAAUUGGUAUGGAGCCUUAUUUCCGUGAGAAGAUCAAAGAUGUAGUAAUACAAGAAAAUGAUGAAAUUGUUUUUAGCUGUUAUGCCAUUGGAGAUCCAGCUCCUUCAUACACCUGGUUUAGAAAUGAUGGCAUUUUAAUAGAAAGUGGUCGUAUAAUGGUAUGUAUUAACAAUGAAGUUCUUAUAUCAAACUAAGCAAAGUAAUGUGUAUGAGAAUUCUGCUUUCACUACUGUUGUUUAGAAGAAUUAGAUAGAGACAAGUGUCAAAUUUUUCUAAGAAAUCAGUUAGAGAACACUUGUAGAAUUCUCCAUAUAAGCAGCUAUUAUGCAUUUCUGUGGAAAUUUU